AUGUCUGUGACUGCUGAUCUCGGCCAGCCCGUCGCCAGCACCUCGACCGCGACCCUCAACGGCGGCGAGGAGAAGCAGAUUGCGAUCCGCCUCAGCACCAAGGACCCGAACUACCAGAUCCCGCCGGCCAAGUUCCUCGUGCCCGCCAGCUGGAGGCGCUUCCACUUGUCCGAACUCAUCAACAAGGUCCUCGAGAAUGAGUCACCCGUCCCGUUCGACUUCUUGAUCGACCAGACCUUGCUCCGGUCUUCGCUCGGCGCUUACUGCGCUGCGACGGGAACGAGCGAGGAAGUUGUGCUCGAGGUCGAAUUCCUGCCGUCCACCCUCCCUCCUCGGCUCGAGAGCACGCAGCCGAGCGAGGACUGGGUGAGCGACGUCUCGUCGGCCGUGCGAGGAGCCGUCCUUACCGCCUCGUACGCCGGCACGCUCUCGCUUCAAUCCAGCGACCUGCCUCCGCCUUCGACCCUCACUUUCACCGGCCACGACCUCUCUGCCCUCUCCGCCACCUACGUACCUCACCCGCUCGGCUCGGAAGACAAGCGAUGGGUCGCAAGCGGAGGAAUGGACCGCGUCGGACGGGUAUGGGAGUACACGGUCCCGCCUCCUUCCCUUGCUGCUCCCGCCGAGCUCACCCCGCCUAAGACCCUCUACACCCUCUCCCUUCACCAAGCCCCUAUCGCCUCCGUCCGCUCCCGCCCUCUUCCCUCUUCCUCCUCGACCGCAACUCCCGCGCCUCACCUGCUCACCGCCGGCUGGGACGGUCUCGUCGGUCUUUGGGACCUCACGCCGGGCGUCAACGAGGGUGACGUCGAGCUGGAAGGCGGCGAGCGGAAGAAGAAGCGGAGAAAGCAGUCCGGCGCGGUCGUCAACAAGACUCCGAUGGCUGUCUUGCGAGGCCACACGGGCAAGGUCUCGCGUGCUGUCUUUGACCGCAGCGACGUGACCAAGGCGUACUCGGCUGGCUGGGACCACUCGGUCCGCAGCUGGGACUUGACGAUCGGUGCUGAGACGAGCAGCAAGACGAGCGCCAAGGUCCUCCUUGCGAUGGCGCAGCUCACCUCGCCCAACCUCCUCGCGACGGGUUCGACCGACCGCCUAAUCUGCCUCUGGGACCUCCGCACCGACGCGACGCAGAACAUCUCGCUCACCCUCGCGGGGCACACGGCGCCCGUCUCGUCCGUCGCCGCGCACCCGACUUCGCCGCUCCUCUUCGCUUCGGGGUCGUACGACUCGACUGUGCGUAUCUGGGACGCGAGGAGCGCGAAGCAGGCGUUGUUUACGCUGCCGGUGCCGAAGAAGGAGGGCGACGAGGACAGGAAGGAGCCGGAGAAGGUGCUCGCGAUCGACUGGGACGGCGAGAGGCUCGUUGCGGGUGGGGAGGGGUCGCGCGUCAUCACUUGGCGGGUCAGCGGGCAGGAGAGCAGUGCGCCGGCGGCGCAGUAG